AUUUGGGGUGGGAAUGAGGCGUUUGACAGACAUUUAAGGGACAGCCCUUAGGGGCGGAUCUAACGCGAACGAGUUAUUUCCUGGUCAUCAACGACAACUCGUGAAGAUGAACGUGGGCGUGGCUCACAGCGAGGUCAACCCCAACACGCAGGUGAUGAACAGUCGCGGCAUCUGGCUGGCUUACCUGCUGCUGACUGUCGUGCUGCAUGUGGUCCUGCUCAGCAUUCCCUUCUUCAGCGUGCCGCUCGUCUGGACGCUCACCAACGUCGUACACAACCUGGCGAUGUACCUGUUCCUGCACACGGUGAAGGGAACGCCCUUCGAGACACCUGAUCAGGGCAAAGCCCGCCUACUCACGCACUGGGAACAGAUGGACUACGGCAUCCAGUUCACCGCCUCGCGCAAAUUCCUCACCAUCUCACCCAUUGUGCUGUACAUUUUGGCCAGUUUCUACACAAAGUACGACGCGACGCAUUUCUUGAUCAACACAUGCUCCCUUCUUAGUGUCCUUUUGCCAAAGUUGCCACAGUUCCACGGAGUGCGAAUAUUUGGAAUCAACAAAUACUGACAAAUGAACGCUGGAAUGUGACGAAUGCAAACACUGGAAUUUCACAAUUUUUGGGGGGGCGGGGGGGGGGGGGGUCUUGCAUUAUUUCCUCUUACGUCUGGAAACUCUUUGUACUGUAUGCAUGUUGCAAAUAUUGUGCACUAUUAUCAGUGGGCUUUUAUUCAAGACAUGAUUUGCUCUUGCUGUGGACAAAGCAACACUUAACCUGCAACAGCUUUUCCCAUUAUUUGAGGAGUAUCAGUUAUUGGACCACUCUUUUCCCUUUUUUUUGGGUGGGGGGGUUCCCUUGUCUAAAACCAAAAUAAUGACUUCAUGUCUGUAUCAGGACUGGCCACAAGUCUGUUAACUUUAGGCUGUUAACGUGAAUUGUUUCUAUUCAUUGUGAGAUUCCACCUUUUCAUGUGCGUGUAUUUGUGAGCGAUUCUGGUUUGCAUUUUACAUUUAAGGUAAUAAAUAUUUGCUUUGCCUAAAAUGAAAAUUGAAUUACUGAACCCCCAGAGUUAUAACUGCAUGAACAAUGUAGAGUAACCAUAACCUCAUUUCAGUAUUAUUAGAUAUACACAAUUGCUUCUCCAUUUGAUAGUUAUUAUAAAGCUAUUCCACAACAAUCUUGUCUUUUUUUGACCCUUUCCACUUUUGGCAAAGAAGAAAUAUAUGAUAAUACAGUGCUUUCAAGCUGGGAUUUCAUGUCUUUAUCUAAGAGUCGUGGUUCUUAAACGUGACACAAGAGUCGACAUGAACACAAUAGAGUAGUAGGCUUAAGUGUUCAGGUAACAACUGAGUUGAUGUCUACGUUUGGUCCUGUGAUGCUCGCAAUGCAAGCCCAAUUUUUGCAUUUAGGUCCCCUUUAAAAAGUGUUUUUGACAGUUGGCAAAUUAAAGGCCUUCAUCUGCAUACAGUUCAAGUCUUCAGAGGUCUUUGCCAAAAAGUGUCUUGUGACAAACUAAGUGACUUUGAUCUGCUGUUAUUGGAGACUUCUUGGAGACUGUUGAUCCGUCCAGGCUGAGCAAACGUUCACCCAGAUAAAAUCACACUUAGAAAAGAUUGACCUGUUUUAUUUCACAAGUGACAGUAAGACUAAGCAUUCCAAAGAUCCAACUAUUUUUUGUAUAAACAUUAAAAGUAUUUCCUAGAGAGUACAGUCCCAAAUGUGUUGGGCAUUGUUCUGAUGAGCCUUUUUCACAGUAAUCAAUAUGACUUGUAAAACAUGAAUGGGACUCAGUAGGUUCACACAAAUGAAAACAUGAAACUUGGUCAAGGAGGCCUGCGUGAUCGGUUAACUAACUGCAUUUUAUGACAUCCUUUACAGUUAGGAUUAGGGUGCAUUAUUAUUGUUUUUUUUUUUUUUUUUAAGCUGAGCCACUGAAAGUGCCCAACUACCAGACUAAUACUGGUGGCUUCCGUCUGUUCAGCAUUGUCCAUUGACAAGAAAUUAGCCUGCGAGCUAGCAAACAACCAAAUGACAAACCUCUCGGAAUUUUCACAUUUACUGAUCGUUCAUCCUCGGUGGGGGGCUGCACUAUACUUAUUGACCUUCUAGUUUUCAUGCGCAAUGUGGUAUAGCAAAAAAAUAA